AUGGCUGCAAUAGUCAGAAUCAAAAGGAAACGUGAAGAAGAUCCAAUUGAAUCAUUAGUAUUUGUUUGCAAAAAAGCGAAGAAAUGCUAUAAUGGUGAUGAGGAACUAUAUAAAAUUGAGAAUAAGUUCAAGUUCGCUGGAACAGUUCAUCAGCCUAAUGAUUCCCUCAUCCAUCAAACUGUCAAAACUGCAAUAAGACAGUGUAAACUGGAAAAUGAGAGGAAAAGACACUGUGAUAUGGCUGACGAUACCAAACCUAGUAAGAAAAGAAAGAUAUCUCUUCAUAAAGGAUAUCAAAUUAUUGGAAAAAAGACAGCCAAAACAUUUGAUUCGUUGGCCAAUUCGGAAUGUAAUUCGGCAGAUGCAAACCCAAAAUUUUUCAUCUUCAAUGUGGAAAAAAUUGAUCAGCCUCAGAAAAAGAAAUCAAGAAAUUGUCCAAAAAGAGACGCUGAUGAGAAACAGAAGGAGAUCAAUUUCGUUUAUGACGUCUUCUACAUAAACGACUACAAAUUUGAUUUCUCGCUGUUUCAAAAUGUUCAACACGUUGAAGCAUACAAACAAUGUGAUGAUGUUGAAUAUCUGGCAGAGGAGGAAGAAGAUGAAGAGGCUUAUGAAGAGGAUGACAACGAAGAUUUUGAAAACAACUGGCGGAACGACUACCCCGAUGAAUCAUCCUGGUUCUACAAUGCGGAUCAUAAUUUCAGCUGCUAUGACUACGUCCGAGAUUAUGAAUGA